AUGGAGGUGCAUGAACAAGAGCGGGACAUCUCUGAGGUUGACCCGCAAGAAUACGUCCAUCCCGAGUCCGACAAUGGGCUGCUGGUGGUCCGCCACAGCCGAGUUCGCCCCCCCUUCAGUGUGAUCCUCACCACGGUGCUCUACUGCGCAGAGUUCAUUACUGCUGCGGUCAUGUGCAGCAUGUACCACAAAACAGACGACGACAUCUGGAUGGGCUUCACCCUCACCUUCAUGCUCUUCCCUGCGGUGCUCAUCCAGUUGGCCCUCACUUUCAUCCACAGAGACCUGGGCAGAGACCGGCCCCUGGUGCUGCUCCUGCACCUUCUGCUGUUAGGGCCAGUCAUUAGAUGUUUCGAGGCCCUGGUCAUGUAUUUCAAAGCGGGAAAGGAGGAGGAGCCAUAUGUCACCAUUUCAAGAAAGAUCAGUCUUAAGAAGGGGCAGGGGACGCCCAUGGAGUGGGAGAUUGGCCAGGCAGAACGCAACCUGGCAGCGCACAGAAACGCCUUCAAACGUGCUGCGGUCAUCCAGGCCUUUCUGGGAUCCACACCUCAGUUGACCCUUCAGCUGUAUGCCACCAUCCAAGAGAAAUACAUCUUUCCUCUCAGAAUGGCUCUGAUGAUCGUGACGCUCAUUUCAAUCACGUACGGUGCCCUCUUAUGCAACGUCUUGGCCAUUCAGAUCCGAUAUGACGACUACAAGUUGCGAUUGCGCCCAGCUGCCUACAUCUGCUUAAUUGUGUGGAGAGGUUUGGAGAUUGCCUCGCGAGUCACUGCCCUAGUACUGUUUAGCACUGCCCUCACUCACUGGGUUAUACUUGUGGGAAUGCUGAACUUGCUAUUUUUCUUUUUCCUGCCCUGGGUUGAGUUUUGGGCCAAAAAAGGCUCUCUGGCUGAGAACAUAGAGAAGAACUUUUCCAAGAUUGGUACCACUGUGGUGUUGUGUAUGUUUACUCUGCUAUAUGCCUGUAUCAACAUCUUCUGCUGGUCUGCAGUGCAGCUGGACCUCACUCACCGAGAGCUCAUUGAACGGCAGCAGCGAUGGGACCGUUUGGCGCUUUACUACAGCGGCCGCUUGUUGGAGAACUUCCUCCUUAUCACACUCUGGUAUUUCUUCAAGUCGGACUUCUAUGAAUAUGUUUGUGCGCCGCUACUUGUGGUGCAGCUGCUGGUCUGCUAUGGCCUGGCCAUUCUCUUCAUGCUUCUGUUUUACCAGUUUUUCCACCCGUGCAAACGCCUCUUCAAGUAUAACGUCCAUGACUGUCUGCAUUGUGUCUGUUGCCGAAAAAGCGUUGUUUCACCCGGGAGCAGACGGGGAAAGCCUUCUUACUCCAAGGCUGCUACUAUGGUACUGGUACCUGACGACCAAGUGGACGGCCAGAACUCUCAACCUCUGGACCCCUGCCUACUGGAGGAGCGGGAGACGGCCAUCCUCGAUGAUUCUCUGGAAGCAGCUUGA